AUGGCACAAGUGGCUCACAAAAUUGAAGACUUACACAUUGUUGAUUGUCAUAAGAAUGACGAGGCUAUUGCAACAUUAAUUAAAGUUCAAGAUAAUUUACAAAAGAUUUCUCUUGAAUUCAAUGGAAGUCUUCAAUCAUGGGAGUAUCUUGAAGAAGCACUUGGUGAAAAAGUAGAAUCUCUUAAAGAG